AUGAAUAAAAUUACGUUGGCCAGUUUCCUCCUAACGAUGGUGCUGCUUGUGCACUACGUUGCUGCCGAGCACGAGAAGCCGGACGAAAAACUCGUCCAGAUUGAUAAUGUGGACGAACUGGGCAUGAUUCAACCACUGGAGCACGUGCUGAGCGAGCUGGAAGGGUUGCGAAUUCGACGAGCUGCCCAGGGAGGUGGUGGUGGUGGCGGACAGGGUGGGCCAGGUAAGGGAGGACGCCGUGGACCACCAGACGGGCAACAGGGCGGACAGGGUGGUGGACAGAGUGGACAGGCCAGUGGGGAAAAUUAA